UGCCCCGCCUCUCUGCGCUCUGACAGGCAGCUGAAGAAGAAGAAGAAGCUGAGGAAGACGAUCUGACCGCGUCUCGCUUUCGAUCAGAACUCAUCGAUCCGAACGGCUACGCUGACGUCACACGCAGCGAUGACGUCACAUGCGUCCUGCUGACCUACGUCAGAGACCCGUCAUGGAGGGCGAUGCGGCGCCGCUGUCGUCAGUGCUGCAUCUUCCUGUGGAGCUGUGGCUGCAGGUCUUCAGCUUCCUGUCCUGGAGGGACAAACUGAGCGUGCGCUGCACCUGCGACCACUUCCGGCAGCUGCUGGAUAAGUCCGGCCUCCUGUGGGCGGGGUUCAGCGUGACACUGCGCGACUUCUCUCGAUACAACCGGAAGUUCUGGCACAGCCUGGCUCAGAGGCACGUGGGCAGUGUGUGCGUGCGCUCAGGGAGGAGGAAGGACCUGAAGCAGCUGUCCUCCUGGCUCCCUGCUCUCCACGCGCUGCGAUUGGACAACUGGACGGAAGGGGGCGUGUACGACCUGGGCCGCUUCCCACAGCUGUCCCAUCUGUCUCUCACUUCCUGCUUCACGCCACUCAGGACCCUGGACUUCCUGGUUCCUGGGAGUCAGCUGAGGGAGCUCCGCCUCUGUAAUGUCCAGCUCACCUGUUCAGCCGUUCACCUGUUGGCUGCCGUCAGUCAGCUGACUCGUCUCACGUCUCUGCUGCUGCACCACGACGGCAGCCUCAGGGUCCCGUCCCUCAGUGGCAUCCUCUCCCACCUGACCCAGCUCAGACAUCUGUCCUGGACCAUGAUCACCUACAGGGCCCUGUCACAUGACUUCUUCAGCACCACCCACCACACAGGGGGCGCCACUCUGCAGCUGUCUGACCUGCAGCUGUUGGACUACGAUGCCGUGGUGACGCAGGACGCCCUGCAGCCGCUGUCCCGCCUCCGCAGCCUGUCGGUCUUCCACCUGUACUCGGUACCUGGACCCAUCUGUCACCUGCAGACGUGGCUGUCGUCUCUACCGGAGCUGCAGAGCCUCAGCGUUCACGGAGGACACCCUCUGGCAGCGUACGCGUCCUUCCUGCCGCCGUCGCUGCUCAGCCUGACGCUGAGCGUGGACCUGAAGCCUGAAGACCUGGAGCUGGUCUCAGCCAGAGCGCCUCACCUGGAGCACCUGCACCUGGAGCCCUGGAGCUCCUCCUCCGGCCUCAUCAAGCUCCUCCCACUGCUCUUCCCUCACCUGAGGACGCUGUCCAUCAGACAUCAACACGUGCCCGACGAGGACUUCCUGUCUCUGCAGCGUCUGCAGCGUCUUCACACUGUGGAGGUUCUGGAUUCGUACUACAGACCCAACCCAGCAGAGCCCGGCUGGGGGGCGUCCCAGCCCAGCCCCCGCCUGCUGCAGCUGACCUCCGACCUCCAGAAACUGACCAAUCACAGAGUCCGAGUCCUCACCAGCUCACACAGAGACCCACUGAGCUGUGACUGCAUCUGACCAAUCACAGAGCGGCGCCGACCGACUGGAGAAUCGAUCAAUAACUUGAUUUAAUUGAUUUUUUUAUUUUAAUUUAUGACGUUUGAAUAUUUUAAGGGGAACAAUCACUUUAAAAAGAUAAAUCUGUUGGGGGUUCACAUUAAUAAUGAAUCUGAAUGUUUGAGUCGGGUUAGUUCUGGUGUCUGAACCAAUAAAACUGAUCCAAAUUCUCAA